UGGUCGACGCUUCCGCCCAGUUUUCCGAUGUUCAUUGCUCGAGUUGAAAAUGGAGUUCGAUUAAAGCAGAUGUCCAACAACUUCUUCGGGAAAAUGUAACUCACUGUAUUUGCCUUUUGUAUUUCAAUUUCUUAAUAUAAAUUAUGUUGUACCUUUUUUCCAGCUGUGGAGGCUAUAAUUCAACGUGCACCGACACAUUGACGGACCAACCAGCGCUUUUUAAGUGUUGUCCUGGACCUGAAGUUGGAGAGGGGAAUGCUCGAUAGCUAGCCACUAAUAACGUGCCAAAUGUCGGUUUUAUUUUGAACACUUUUUAGCAUCUGAACGCAUUGGAUUUCGUUUUACCGAAGAGGAUGACGAAGAUGUGCAUUUUGUUGUGGUUGGAUUUUACUUCCAGGGAAAAUAAAAUUAAUAAUCGGUUGUCAUUCCUCCUCGCAAUUGAGUUACAAAAUUAGCUAGGCUACUUGGUUUUCCUAAAAGAGCUCAGUUAUGCAUGCACCAUUGUAAGACAAUUAACUUUUAUACAAUAUCUAGGGCUUUUAUGCGAAAGAAAAUGGUGAUAUUUGCGGUUUAUUUCCCCGCCGUCACUGCGUCCUCGAUGCUAUUGCCAGGAUUUGGAUCCCCGUGAGAAAAAAUGAGCGAAGAUUCAACAAAUCCAAACGAUGACUGCAGCAGCACAACACAUAAGAUGGCCAACAUAUGAUGCAAUUGAAGAUCAAGGAAGAUGGUGGGAAAAGAACAUGACAGUUAUGCGCGUGUGAGAGCAGUGGUCAUGACUCGGGAUGACUCCAGCGGUGGGUGGCUGCCUCUGGGAGCUGGGGGCCUCAGCUGCGUCACCGUCUACAAAGUCAGCCGGACACUGGACAGCGACAGCAGCACCACAGACCCAAACACCACCACCACCACAGCAGACUUCCUCAUCAAGGGGGAGCGGCUCAAAGACAAAUCGGUUGUUCUGGAGUGUAUUCUAAAGAAGGACCUGGUCUACAACAAGGUCAACCCCAUAUUUCACCAUUGGAGGAUCAACGACAAGAAGUUUGGCCUGACCUUCCAGAGUCCUGCAGACGCCAGGGCCUUCGAUAGAGGGAUCCGCAGGGCCAUCGAGGACAUCAACCAAGGCUGUCCUGCGUUUGACGACUCAGACUCUCUUGAAGAUGGAUUACAGGAGUCCUUCAAGUCUAUGCGCCAUGUGAGCUUUCACAUGGACGAGGAGGAGAUUGUAAGGAUCAACCCUCGUAAGGACAUCCUGAUUCGCGGCUACGAGGACUACCGCCACCCAGUCAUGUGGAAGCAGGAGGCAGAGCGAGAGGACCCUGACUUCCCUGCCCUCUUCCACAAACUGGACAGCAAGAAGUGUGAGUACCUCUUCCCCGAGGGGCCGGGCAUGGAGUCCCACUCAGGCCCUGGGAGUAUGGGCACAGGACUGGGGCUAGGGCUGGGUAAAGACUCCUCCAUCAAGGCGCAGCCCUCACCACUCACCAAGUCCAAAAAAGGGCGGCGGAGACGGGAAGACGGGGAGCGUUCUCGCUGCAUCUACUGCCGGGAAAUGUUCAACCAUGAGGACAACCGGCGGGGGCAGUGCCAGGACGCUCCUGACCCCAUCAAGCAGUGCAUCUAUAAAGUCAGUUGCAUGCUUUGUGCCGAGAGCAUGCUGUACCACUGCAUGUCCGACUCGGAGGGAGACUUCUCGGACCCGUGCUCGUGUGACACGGCUGACGAGCAGUUCUGCCUGCGCUGGCUAGCCCUGACGGCACUGUCCUUCAUCGCUCCCUGUAUGUGCUGCUACCUGCCGCUGAGAGCCUGCCACCACUGUGGGGAGGCCUGCAGAUGCUGCGGGGGCAAGCACAAGGCCGCUGGGUGACCUGACUGAACUCUGACCCCUCACCCGGGAUGACCUACCCACAACACAGCUAGCUGACACAGGAAAGCGGGAAAAAAGCUGGGUAUUAAAAUGCCGGCAACCUUGUUUUUCAUUCACCCCAGAGGGGGUGAUAUGUUGUUGUAGACGCCUGGCUCUGGAGGUCUUUUGUGUCCUUCGACGCAGAGAGCAGCGGAAGACUAACCUUGUGCUUUACGGGCUCUGAGCGUGAAGUAGAGUUCAGGAGCUGAACGCUAGGAGAAGGCAUUGAGAUUAACAGACAUGGAAAUAUUACUAAACAAACACACUCUUACUCACACUCGUACAUAAUACACACAACAACCAGGCCACCAUGUCACUCUCCCUACAAGUAAUGUGUAACUUUGUGAAGGAAUAUUGUCUUUUGUACAGAGAGCAGCAACUACACAACAACAGCAAAAAGGAAAAAACAUUUGUGCAUACAGAAAACAAACUUGAAGUAUGCUAAAAGGGAUAUGUUGUUGUGAAUUUGUAGUUGGGUAACAUUGGCAGUUCCUUUAUGACUCGAGCAUUCGCUGGCAGUGUAAUUGUUAGAGAAGUUGCACUAGGAAUGGUUUAUCCCCCCUACACAAUUCUAAUGGUACAUUAACCUUAAGACCAUUCUUAUUGAGUCAUUUAACAGUUCAGAUGUUGCUGUGGUGGAUGUGUACGUGUUUCCUUAUUUUUCCUACUCAUCAAAUGUUGAACAAAAAAAGAAGGUAAAACCUUUUUAUCUUUUGCUGGUACAGUCUGACAUAGCUAGAUGUUAGAAUGAUUUCCUUGUUUUGGUAAGGUGAUUUGGACCACUUAAUUGCAUUCCAACAUAAAGUGAUCAAUUCCAUGAGCAGGAGCGAAAAUAUUGUAAUGUAUUUUGCAAUCCUCCAUCCCCCGAACAAGUCAAGAAUUAAUGUUAGCACUUCUUGACUCACCUUCCAUGAGACCAAAAUGUCACAUUUCCACGUACUUUACCAGAUGUUCUAUUUUGACUCCAUCACAUCUUUGCUUCAUGGUAAAACUGUAGUUUUUUAUUUAAAGCUGAAGUUUUGCUCAACCAGCAGGUUUUUCUGUUUAAUGUUGGUGAGUCGGGGUCUUGAGUGCCCCUUUGUUGAACUUAAGGCACUUAAAUUAGACUAGUUUGGGGAGAACUUUUUUUUUUAAAUUAGUCGGAAACUAGAAAUGACCAACAAACUCAAAUAUUGUGUGCGAAAAGCCCACCUUGAAAGCACUGGUCUCCAAGCUUUGGUUACAGCAUCAACUUCAAAUUUCAAAAGUACUGGAUGUCUGUCCCUUUGUGAUUAGUCAAAUGUACUACUGUUAAAGUCAUUCUGCAGCUUGUCCACGGUAAGUCAGAGAAUACAUCAUGUAACAUUUGCCCAGUCAUGAGUGAACAGCUGCCUCAUUUUAAAUGUCAAAUGGCAUUUGCCUAUAGGUAAUUAUAGCAUCUGGGUAUGAUUGUUUGUUACGCACUAUAUGUGCAUAGGUCUUCAUAUGCAGUGAGAUGUCAAGCACCGUGAUCAUAGAAACUGAUAACUGUGUUGACUCAUUGUAACAAACCUGACUUUGUUGAAAGUUGAUGGGGAGAUACAGUAUGAAGGUCCUUGUUGAAAUCCAUAUUUCACUCCGAGGAACAUAGCCACAAUAACUGUAGACAUACCUCCGGUUGUAUUAAUUCGAUGCUGCAUCUUUAAAAGACUAUGUUAUUGCUAAUUCCACUGUUUUGAGAAAUCUGCCUGUGUACCUGAAUAGUUUGAGAACAAAGAAAUUGGUUUCUUUGAUAAUUUAGACCAGCGGUGUCAAACUCAUUCCACGGAGGGUUGAGUGUCUGUGGGAUAAGACCUAGACAGCCAGGUUAGGGGAGUUCCUUACUAAUUAGUUCAUCAAUCAAGUACAAGGGUGGAGCAAACACCCUCAGACACUCCGUGGAAUGAGUUUGACACUUGAUUUAGACAAUUGUUUUUUUUUGGUUUUUUAAAUCACCCCUAUUUAAAAAGCUUGUCAUUACAGCCCUGUACUGUAGCCAAUAGAUAUGCACACCACCCCCUGGACCACCACUUCUUGAGAAGGACGUGGCAACCCUGUCUCGUCGCCAGACUGGAUGGGGGCAGUCAACUUCUUCCAUAUCCCUCUCUUAUGCCCCAUGCGAGGUACCAACCAACACUCUUUACUUUCUAUGCAAAUUGUUGACCAUGAGAAACACUUAGACCUCUCUCCACACUGAGUCAGUGACGAGACACUUUACCCCAGGUACCAAACUCCAAGCACCUAUAAAUAAGUAACACUAUUAAAUACCUGAUCAGAAUCCCAUUUUGUUUUUUUGGAAAUUAAAAGAUAGAGCUGUAUUUAUCAUUGCUGUCAGCAUAUACUGUAGCUUCAAUUGACAGCAUUAUGUACAUAGGUCACCUUUUUAGUAUUAUUUCACAUUGAAAGUGGAGGGCGUUCAUGAUGGAAAUGACGAUUGAGCUUUUAAUGGAGAUUCAUUCUAGUUUUCUACGAAGGAAGGCUAGAGUGCUAACAUGGUACAGUAGUGGCAGUCCACUUAUUUAAAACAAGUUAUAUAUAUAAAGCUGCUAGAUACAAUCACUAAUUUUUUUAUUGAUUUGAGAGAAAAGUCAUCUACGAAAGACUUUAAACAAUAGCUAGUUCCUAUGACAGCAUAUAACCGUGUGUGUGUGUGCAUUUGAUUUGUUUAUCAAUGUUUUUAUUCUCCCAUAUUGUAAUUUGGAUUGCCCUGCAUAUCGCAAGCUGAACCCAAGAUUAGAUGAACCUGAUUUAAAAACUUGCUGGCUGAGGAGUAAAGUGUAGGAUGUACAUUCAUACAAGUUUAGCUGAGAGAUACUGAAAUCAUCUGUUUCAUUCUGCAUUAACCAGCACAGUGUAACUCGCUAUCAUGUACUGUAUUAUAUAUGCAACAUGUCUGUCUGCUUUAAUAUAUUUGUUUUACCUGUCAGUUAACUUUGCAUAAGACUUCAGUUUUUAACCACUUUGCUGCUAGUCUUUUAUUCUUCUUUCAAUCUUGGAAAGUGUGCAUAUUUUUUGGAAUGCUUAAAAAUGUACAUUCUUGACUUUGUCUGCGUUAAAAAGAAAUGCCUAUAUAAACGUGCGUUGUUUAAAAGGUUUCUUUUCACAGCAGUUGAGUGGUUACUUUUCAAUUCUCCAAUGCUUUGGUGCACUGAUGAUGUAUGAUGGCUUUUCUUACAGCGCUUGAUGAUAUAACAUUUCUGUGAUUAGUUCUAAAUAGUGGAAAACAUUUGUGUUUUGAAAAUUGCAGUAUAAAUGGUACUCUAAUUCUUCUGUAAACACUGCCUGUUUCCUUUCUUUCUCAUGCAUCUUUUCUUUCAGUUUCUUAGUGCCAUUGGCUUCACAUCCUGACAACCUUGAAAAAGUGCCUCACGUCCAUCAUAGUUUCCAUCUAAAUCUUAACGGCUCUGGUUAUAUUGGUUUAUAUAUGUCUAGGUAUUUCUACCAUGGUUUGAAAAUUCUAAGUAUAUGAUGUAAAAUGUAUAGUUCAAUAACUCAUGUCAUAGUUGUAUUUUCUUUAUACAGAUGUAACUUGUUACUUUUCAUAAAUAUAUAAUGUAAAUAUGCAUACACUUGUAAUUUGUCAUAUCAAAUAACAUUAUCAUAAUAAAAUGGUGAGUUUUAAAAUUGUUA